CGGUGCUAAGCACCGGCUGAUGUCUGAGAUGCAAGAGCUCUCGAAAGAGAAAUGGGUGAACAUCGAUUUGGUGAAUGCUAAUAUCCUGCGUUGGCGCCUUGGUCUUAUUGUCCUUAAUCCCGACAGCGCAUUCAACGGAGGUUACUUUAAGGCCGAGAUGACCUUCACUGAAGAGUAUCCCUACCAACCGCCGACCUUUAGAUUCCUGAUUCCCAUCUAUCACCCCAACAUCUACCCCGACGGCAAACUAUGCAUCUCCAUUCUACACACUCCCGGCGAAGACAUCAUGUCUGGGGAGCAGGCUAGCGAGCGAUGGUCUCCUUUACAAGGUGUUGAGUCCGUGCUCCGGUCCGUUCUCCUACUUUUAGAUGAUCCCGAGAUCAACUCCCCGGCAAAUGUAGACGCUAGCGUAACGUACCGAGACGAUCGCGCCAACUACAACCGGAGAGCCAGGGAAAUUGUCGAAAAGUCCAAGAGCGACAUUCCGAGCGACUUCGUGAUGCCAACCAGCCUCGAACCCCCGCCACCACCGAAGCCGGUAGACGACGAUGCUGCAUUUUGGGACGAAAGUGACGAAGAACUUGAUUUCGGAGGUAGUGACACGGGCGAUGACGCGGAAUUAGCAGAGUUUGAUGAAGAUGGCGAGGAUGACGGCGCUAGCGACGACGACGAUAACUAACAUCAGCCCGUUCUACGCAAUAUUUGACAUUCACUACUUGACCUCCGAGAAUAGGUUGGCAAGGAAUUUCCUGACUCAGUAUACAAUUGCAUAGCGGGGGUAAGGCGUUUACGGAUCUCUUGCACCUUUGGCGCGCAUCCCGGUCCGUCUUUUCGUCGUAUUGGAUUGCCAUUGAUCGACUUUUCGCAUCUUCUUUCAGAUAGAGGAGGCUCCAUGGUGAAAUAUGGGCGCCGAAGACCUUUCUCAGCUACUACUAACUUGUAGCAAAAUCUAUGAGAACUCUCCACCGUAUUUAUAGAUGAAGGACGAUUGUCACUUGGGUAUAACGCAACCAUACUAAUUACGCGUUACCCUUUCGUCCGACUUAAGAAUGUUAUACCUACCUAAGUUAUUAAAACGGUUAUGCCUACCUAAGGCACUUAAUACCGUGCAUAUAGCAACUCUACUACACAUCACUUCUUACAUACUAUAGAAUAAAUGCCCUGUGCAUACAUCCUUAG